GCUGGCUUGUUGUGCAGCUUGACUCUUUCACUUGCCUACUCCACUCUCAGUUUCUCAGGACUCUUUCCGGAAGGUGGUAGGAAAAAUGCCGCAGGUGAAAGUUCCAGAUUGUGCAGUAUGUCUUGCCUGCUCCUGAAAGAAUGCUUGACUCUGUGCAAAGGAGAAACAAGUGGAUGAGGCCAUGCGCUCCUUCGCAGAGCAGGUUUUUGCCUCAGAGGUAAGGGAUGAAGGAGGACGGCAUGAAAUCUCUCCUUUUGACGUUGAAGACGUCUGCCCCAUCUCACACCAAGAAAUGAAAGAGCACUUGAUUACUGAAGAGACCACAGAUGAUUCUGAGAAAAAGAAGAAGAGAAGCUUGAAGCUGAAGACCAUUGCAUUGGUGGUUCCUCUUGUAGGAAAGUCUUCAACCAAACUGUCCACCUUAGAUGAGGUCAUUUCUACGAGCACUCAGUAUCAAGCGGUGCCCAAAUUCCAACGUGUGCAGAUCACAGGGGACUAUGCGGCAGGGGUGACAGUGGAGGACUUUGAACUGGUCUGCAAAGGACUGUACCGUGCUCUAUGUAUCAGAGAGAAGUAUAUGCAGAAGUCCUUCCAGCGUUUUCCUAAGACCCCUUCCCAGUUCCUACGUACCAUUGAGAAUGAGAUGUGGAAGCCCAAUGAUGAACUGUUGCCAGUCUUCACUCAACCUGUGAAGAAAGAUGAAGAUCCUUUCCAAUCUGACAAUCUCCCUGAGAAUUUGGGCUACCAUACAGAAAUGAAAGAUGGUGUGGUAUACAUCUAUGCUGACAAAGCAGCAGCUGCCAGAGGUGAGCCCAAGGACUUGCCUUACCCUGACCUGGAGGUCUUUGUUGAUGACAUGAACUUCCUGCUGGCCCUUAUAGCUCAGGGGCCUGUUAAAACCUAUUCGCAUCGACGCCUUAAAUUCCUCUCCUCCAAGUUCAGUGUUCAUGAGAUGCUAAAUGAAAUGGAAGAAAUGAAAGAGCUGAAGAAGAACCCCCAUCGAGACUUCUACAAUUGUCGGAAGAUAGACACACAUAUCCAUGCUGCAGCAUGUAUGAAUCAGAAGCACUUGCUACGAUUCAUUAAGAAGUCCUAUCGUAUUGAUGCUGAAAGAGUGGUGUACAAAUCCAAAGACAAGUCAUUGACACUCAAGCAAUUGUUUAAGGAGCUCAAACUUGACCCAUAUGACCUGACCGUGGACUCGCUUGAUGUACACGCAGGUCGCCAGACUUUUCAGCGCUUUGACAAAUUCAAUGCCAAGUAUAACCCAGUAGGGGCCAGUGAGCUGCGUGAUCUCUACCUCAAGACUGAAAAUGCCAUCAAUGGUGACUACUUUGCUACCAUCAUCAAGGAGGUUGGCUCUGACCUGGAGGAUGCCAAAUACCAGUAUGCAGAGCCACGACUCUCUAUCUAUGGCCGUUCACCAGAAGAAUGGCCCAAAUUAGCCAACUGGUUCAACCACCACCGUGUUUAUUCACCCCAUAUGAAGUGGAUGAUCCAGGUGCCCAGAAUCUAUGAUGUUUUCCGGAUGAAGAAUUUUCUGCCACACUUUGGGAAAAUGCUGGAGAACAUCUUUAUGCCUAUAUUUCAGGCCACAAUCAAUCCACAGGACAAUAAGGAGCUCAGUGUUUUUCUACGCCAUAUUACUGGCUUUGACAGUGUGGAUGAUGAAUCUAAGCACAGUGGGCACAUGUUCUCCACCAAGAGCCCCAAGCCAAACGAAUGGAACCACGAGAAAAAUCCAUCUUACACAUAUUAUGUGUACUAUAUGUAUGCCAACAUCAUGGUGCUAAAUAAUCUUAGACGUGAGCGUGGCAUGAACACCUUCCUCUUCCGUCCUCACUGUGGAGAAGCUGGUGCUAUCACGCAUCUGCUGGCUGCCUUCAUGACUGCAGAUAACAUCUCACAUGGAUUGAACCUGAAGAAGAGUUCUGUACUGCAGUACCUCUACUAUCUAACCCAAAUCCCCAUUGCCAUGUCCCCACUCAGCAACAACAGUCUUUUCCUGGAGUAUGCCAAGAACCCACUUCUUGAUUUCCACCAGAAGGGACUGAUGGUGUCACUGUCUACUGAUGACCCAAUGCAGUUCCAUUACACCAAGGAACCUCUUAUGGAAGAAUAUGCCAUUGCUGCCCAGGUCUUCAAGCUCAGCACCUGUGACAUGUGUGAAAUUGCACGAAACAGCGUCUUGCAAAGUGGCCUGUCUCAUGAGGAAAAACUCCAUUUCCUGGGCAAGAAUUACCAAGAGGAAGGUCCGCAAGGAAAUGACAUCCUCAAGACCAAUGUGGCUCAGAUUCGCAUGGCCUACCGCUAUGAGACAUGGUGCUACGAGUUUGAUCUAAUAGCAGAAGGGUUGAAAUCCACAGAAUAAGCAGCUUAUGGGACAACUUCUUGCAUUAGAUCUCUGCCAAAAUCCCAUAAGAGGGGCAAAUAGGAUAAACAACACUUAGAGGGGUGGAAAGCUUUUCUUUCAGAUUCCCUAUAUGUGACUUUUUAAAAAGUGCCAUGUGUAUACUACAGUCUUAGUGCUUUUCAGUUCUACAACCAGGAAUUUUACUAACUUCUGAAUAAAAAGCUCGUAGCACCUUUCAUUAAUUUAUCAAAUAUGUAUAUCUGGAAAGGAUUCCAAAGGUCCUUCAUCCUAUUUCACAGCACUGAUGUUAGGAAGGCUUAAACUGGCCAGCAGCAGAAGUACUACAGUGUUCAAGUCUUUAUAAAACUACUCCUGAAUGUGGGAUAAAUUCAGUACCAUCAAGCACAGCUUCAAGGCAUUAUACUAAUAGUCCUUGGAGGACAAGGAUGUCACAAAAUCCACAACAAAGCAAAGCUGUAGUCUAAUAAGCCUAUGGUUUAGAAGCUAUUAAAGGCUGGCUAUUAACGCCUAGAGGAUCCGUAUUUUCCUAGGACUUUGGGCUUUUAAUAUACUCCUUUGAACAAGAGUGCAGACAUUCAGGAAGGAGCUGAAUGCUUUGCCCUAUGCUUUGAAAGGAUGCAUAAGAAAUCCUUACAAACAAGACAGAAGGAAAAGGAGUCAAAAGGCUUGCCAUGUUCUUUGAACUACAUUUCUGAGCUUUUAAGAGUCAAAACAAGAGUUUAGAAAAGUUCCUUCAUUUGGACAACAAUUCUCAGAAUCCACAGCUAACAUGGCCACUGGAAUUCUGGGAGUUGCACCCCUUACAAAUGCCUGUGCUAACUUCUGAAGCUGUGCCAGUCUAGCCAUGAGAUUGACACCAGUUGUGUUAUGCCAGUAUGAAAAUUCAAAAGAAUUUAGGUCACUGCUUAUAUUUAUAAAAUGUAAGUGAUUUCAGGAUUGUCAAUCACGCUAGAGUUGAUCAGAUAAUAUUUAUGUGAAUCUUCCACAGAAAAUAGUUUUAAAAAGGCUUUUGUGCCCUUCUAAAGCUUAGAUUCCAACACUCAAUGGACAUCCAAGUCUUACAGGCCUGUUCAAGAGAGGUGGUCUGCAUUACUAGUCAUUACCAAUAUCAGGCGUUUCUAACACUAUUUGAUCAUCUAUGACAUCUGACUACUGGAAUACUAAUAACAGUAAUGUAGAAUUGUACUGAACAUAGAGUUGGUUUGAAGGUUAUGAAGGGCAAUUGCCUUUUCUUCAAGUUGCUGCACUGAGGAAUCUGUGAAUGAGGCUAAAAAACACCCCAGAAGUGACCAUUAUGAUUAUAUCCUAUGUUAUCUCCCAUUUGCUUAUUAAUGUCCUCAUGUCCUGGUCUCCAUUUUCUUUUUCUAGCUCCUAGAUUCAGAUUGCACAAUCUGGAACUAUAUUCUUCACAGAAUUAACCUUUAUCCUUCUUUCCUUUUCCUAAAAGAAAACAAACAAACAAAGAAGCAAACAAAAAAGCAGUAAAAUAAAGAGCUCAGCAGCCCCUUUUGUCAUGAAACACAACUACUUAUACUCCAGAGAAAAUAGGAGCCUUCCUCAGACUAAAAUAUUUUAUUUUGUGUGUUCUUUCUCUCUUGCCUUUUUAAAAAUGGCUGCCAUCUUCUCUAAAUGAGCUCCAUGUCCACAGGUGCAUCUGAAAGGAAGAGGGGAAGGAAGGCACAAAAGCUGUGUCCUGAUCCCUAGUGUGGAUAGAAUCUGUUCAGAUGUAAAUACAGGAAAAACUCCAUGUUUCUUCUAGUACAUGAAGUCACCUUUUAAUAAUGCACCCCCUCCCAUACCUUACAGCAGAAACGAUACUAUUCAGGAACACUAUGAGGGACCUGUCUGGAAAUUCUCUAAUUUGCUACAACAUGGAUAUUUAUGGAGCAGACCCCACUCCACUGGACAUAUGAUUUACUAUUGUUCUCUCUCUAAGAAAUCAUACAAAUUGCAAGCUUUCAUGAAGGAACCCCCUUCCUCUGGCUGAGUACAAUCCCUUCAGGGAUAAUGCUGAAAAACUGUAUACUACAGUAAAAAAACUGUUUUUCUGCACUGUCUGUGAAGAGUACUUUGUUGUUUCCUUUAAUCAUGUUACUG